GAAGAGAAGAGGAGUCAUGCGACUACUGAACAGGUGGAGAUGAGAAAGCUCUCUGCCGCGCCACACCUGUCCCAUUCGGGGAGGGAGGCAGGUAAAGCCCCGCCCACUGCCAGGUUUCAGUCGGACUUGUUUUUUAAGAGCAGCUGUUGGAGCUGUCAAAACUCCAAAUUACUACACCGAUUUGGAGAGUAACAACAACACCAACAGCUGCCAACAUGCCGAACCGAUCGGCACAGGAGUGGAUCCGGUUGUCUUUACGCACCCCGGGCAUCCUGAUCUUCGGGAUGGUUCUGGCUCCGUGCGGAUGGAUCCUGGACCUGACUGCUACCGUGGCCCCAAACUGGAGGACCCUCAACAACCUCGCAAACACCCCCUCGGAUACGUUCAUCCAGCAGGGCAUCUGGGACAUCUGCAGGGCCACCUCAACCAACACCAGACAGGAGUGCGGCCUGGUGGACACCAACUAUACCAGCCACCAGAUCAUCGAGGUGGCCCAGGGUCUGAUGGUGGCCUCCCUCAUCGUGACGCUGAUCGGGAUCGCCGUGGCCAUCCCGGGGGUCCGCUGCUGGAAGGACAGGCCUAACUGGACAGUGGCCGGCCUCGGGGGGCUGCUGAUCUUCCUCUCGGGCGUCAUGACCAUCAUCCCCAUCGCCUGGUACACCCACAUCCUGGAGGAGAUCCCGACCGUGAACCCGACCGCAACCGUGCAGGUGGGCUACUGCAUCAUCCUGGGCUACAUCGGCGGGAUCAUGGAAGUCCUGGCCGGGUUCGUCAUGUUCAUCGGGAUCUGCCGUUGCUGCGGUGGGAAGAACCGCGGGGAGAGGCGGGUCGAGGAGGUCACGGGGACCCGGUUCAGCAAGCAGCCGCCGAGACGCGUUGACGUGCCGAGCCUGAACCGGGCCAGGAGCGCAGCCAGCAGCAGCGUCCCGUACUCUAAGGACUCCCUGGAUGAUGAUGUGUCCUUCCCCCGGGCCAAGACCCCAGCCCGGUCCGUCAACACCUCCUACGGCGGCAGACCCUAUGAUGCUGACCUUUAA